AAGACAGGAGAUAAUAGGGAGUGUUGGAUAGAACAAAAUGGGUCUGCAAGCUGCUGUGACCUGUCUGUGUUUUGCCUUCUCCAUUGAGUCAAUUUUAUCGCAACAGUUCAACAACCACAGAGGGCCGUGGACGGUGGUGUUUAAGAUCCCCCGAGGCGUCCGUCCCCCCGGCUUUAGCAGUGUGAACGCCUUCUGGACGGCCAGCGGACACUACAACGGCGAGGAUGUGACGGCCAUGAGAGACUUUACGGCCAGCAGCAAGCUGUACAAGUCUAAAUGGCUGGAUGACUGGAACAAGAGGAGCUUCUCCGCUGUCCGUCUGUCGGCCUACAAGGAUAACAAGGAGGUGGCGUACGUGGUGUUUGACAGCAUGGGUAAAAGUAGGAACGACUGGCUGGACUGUGGGCGGAUCAUAGAGUCCAGUUAUACCGACAUCACCACCGCCACCAAAAACUACUGCGAGAUGAACCCAAAUACAGGACGUCGAACUUUCUUCAUCAACCAUCAAUACGGUGGAUGUACAUCAGACGCUGGCUGGUUCAUGUUGAAAGAUUAUGACGCAACCGGUGAAUGUCAAGAAUGGGACGUCAUGUCGGGGACCCCCUACUUCUACUAUUCGGCAUCGACCACUCUAGUUAACUGGAGCUCAGGAAACAGAGGAACUGCUGACGUCAUGGUGGUUUCUGUUAUGGCCUGGGAUAUGGUGUUUAAGGCGGUGGAGGGCGUGGUCCCUCCCCAGGGAGGGCUCCGUCAGCUGUGGUACUCCUCCGACACCCUCAACAGCGACAACCCCGCCGCCCAGACCCUGACCAAGGACCCCUACCUUGUCUACAAAUCCAAAAACGUCGAGACCUGGAGAAGUAUUCCCGGAUUUUUCAUUGAAAGUGUAAAGUAUGCUUACUUCACCAAUGGCGUCGAAGUAGCGUUCAUAAUUUUUGACGGAAGGGACGCAGACAAAAACGGAUGGUUCAACGACGACCGAAUCCUGUACUCCUACUGGACAGAUAUAAUCGGUUACACCAAGGUCGGCUCCAGUAUUGACGGUGAUGGUACUCGGCGAUUCAGUGUACACAAAGAACACGGAGGAUGUCCGAAUGACAAGGCUUGGAUGAACAUUCUGGACUCUUCGGAUUCUAGCCAGCCCUGCUCAUGGGAUCAGAAUGUCAGAUCAAGACCAUACUUUUUGUACAGCAGCAAAAAGACUUGGGCCCUUUGUGAAGCUAACGGUGCUUGGAAUCAGGCAGAAUUUCCCGCGGCUGAAACCAUGGCUAUCUUCGUCAAAGGUUGGCGUAUGGUUAUGAAGGUAGCGCAUACCAUGUCCAUCUCCCCGGCAUCCUCCGUCUAUGACCUUUGGACCGGAACCUACACUCUAAACGAGUUUGACACGGACGCCCUCACCAUAGCAACGGGGACCAAAACUUACAAGUCCAGCGUGGUGGACAAUUGGAGCAGCUACCAAAUCUCAGCGAUCAGGGUGAGUUUUUACUCCAAGGGGAAGGAGACAGCGUACGCGGUGUUUGACGCCCACGGUGUUACUGACAAGAACAGUUGGUUUGACUGUAGCCGGCUGCUGUACACGGCCUAUGACGAUCUGAACCGCCUCAAAGCAGUGUCAUACUGCGGCAUCCCGGGUGACGGAAGUUUGGAGAGGCGUUUCUUCAUCCAGAAUAAUUACGGCGGCUGCAGUAAUGACGCCGGGUGGUUCCUCGUGGUGGAGAAAGACACCUGCGCGUGGGAGCAGAGGACCACCCGUCCCUACUUCCUGUACAGUGGCCUGACGGGAAGGGACCUCCAAGACAACAUGGUAAUUGCUGACUUAUUCUUGAUUUCUGUCGUGAUGGACAAUUGCUUCCCUAAUCCUUGCCAGAACAGCGGCACGUGCUAUGACGAGGGAAUGGACUACACGUGCACAUGCACGGGAGACUGGUUAGGACAAAGAUGUACCGACAAAAAUGGUGCAUGGGGUUCGUGGGGAUCUUAUGGCACAUGCUCAAAAACUUGCGGAACCGGAACUAAAACAAGAACAAGGACUUGUGACAACCCUGCUCCUAUUGGUAAUGGUGCCGCAUGUCCAGGAUCCUCAAGUGAUGACGCAGAUUGUAACACUCAACCCUGUCCAAUUGAUGGAAUGUGGGCAGACUGGGGGUCUUGGGGGACCUGUUCCACUACGUGCGGGGGAGGUAAUCAGAACCGCACCAGGAACUGCACCAAUCCGGAACCACAGUACGGGGGCGCUGACUGUGUGGGGAACGCCCAGGACUCGCCUCAGACUUGUAACACCAACCCUUGUCCCAUUGACGGUGAGUGGGCAACCUGGGGAUCCUGGGGGGACUGCUCCGUCACGUGCGGUGGAGGGUCCCAGUGGCGGAACAGGACGUGCACCAACCCCGCCCCUCAAUAUGGCGGCAGCGACUGUGUGGGCAAUAGCACAGACUCCCCCCAAGACUGCAACACCCAGGUCUGCAUAAUUGAUGGAUCUUGGGGUAAUUGGGGUCAGUGGGGCACGUGCACUGUGACUUGCGGGGGAGGAAGGUGGUCUAGAUCUCGCACCUGUGACAACCCCGCCCCCGCUAAUGGAGGACUGGAUUGUCCGGGGGAUAUGUCGGACUUCAGCGAUUGUAACAUUGACGCCUGUCCUACGGUGGCCGCAGGGCAGUACCAACAGAACUGUCCUUCUAAUUACUUCACCUGUAUGAACGGAACAAUUUCCUGUAUCCAGGAACAAUACAAAUGCGACUGUUCCAGCGACUGUGAAGACGGAAGUGACGAACAGGAAGUGUAUGCCGGAUGUUCCUCCUCACAUAUUGUGAACUGUAUGGCACAAGCGUCGGGUACAAAAGUCUUGGCUUCCCUGUUUUUGAUGGUAGUCAGUGCCAUCAUCGCUUCUCUGCUCUGAGGAAAGUUUCAGCUCUAUUACACAUUCUGUUAAUUUCCUUCUACUCUGUAUUCCACGAAUCUGGCAACCUGGUCAAAUUAUAUGAUUGUGUAUCUGAGUUUUUGUUGCCAUUGUACAUGUAAUAUUGUUCUAUAAUUAUAUAUGUGUUUACCAGUUUUUAAUGUGAACACAGGCCGGUAGAAUAAUCUGUUCUUCAUAAAUGUGAUUUUUUUUGACUGAAAUAAAAAAUAAUAGAAUUUGUUUUGACAGAAUAAAAGUGUAUGUUGUUUUAUUCUUUCAUGAAUAAAAACUUUCUUUGA